AGGCUCCCGUGGUUGGAAACAAUGGUUUUGGAUGAUCUACCUAACUUAAAAGAUACAUAUGCCUCCUUGUACUCCUCAGCUAUGGAAGACUUAGAGGUGGAUUUUGAUUCAGGACUGGAGGAAGAUGAACUGAAACAGGAGGCUGCUCCUGAGGAUUCUACAAUCUUUGUAGCUUUUAAAGGAAAUAUAGAUGACAGAGACUUUGAGCAGAAACUAGAAAUCAUAUUGGAGAAUGUGCCUGGCCUUUUACACAUGGAAUCCAACAAGUUAAAACUGCAGAAGGUAGAGCCUUGGAACAGUGUCCGCGUUACGUUCAAUAUACCCCGUGAGGCUGCUGAGCGGCUGCGAAUUCUGGCUCAGAAUAAUAACCAACAGCUUCGUGACCUGGGAAUUCUCUCCGUUCAAAUUGAAGGGGAAGGUGCUAUCAAUUUAGCUUUAGCUCAAAACAGAAGCCAAGAUGUGAGAAUCAACGGGCCCCUGGGAGCAAGCAACUUGGUGCGAAUGGAAACGGGGUUUCCCAUGCAAGGGGGACAAGGUUUAAUAAGAAUGAGCAAUGCUGCAGCUGUCAUGAUGUCCCAGAGUGGAAAUGUGCCCUCCUCUAUGGUGGCAAGUGGUGCUAGUGCUGAGCUGCAGCCAAGAACACCUCGGCCUUCCUCACAGCCAGAUGCAAUGGACCCACUCUUAUCUGGGCUAAAUAUGCAGCAACAAAAUCAUCCAUCUGGAUCUUUAGCUCCCCAGCUCCAUUCAAUGCAGUCAGUUCCUGUAAACAGGCAGAUGAACUCAGCCAACUUUCAGCAGCUACAGCAGCAGACGCAGUUGCAGACACGUCCUCCCCAGCCACAUCAGCAGCCACAGCAGGGUAUUCGACCUUCAUUUACUUCACCAGCACAGGUUCCCGUUCCCCCUGGCUGGAACCAGCUUCCUUCUGGAGCACUUCAGCCUCCUCCAACCCAGGGAGCGUUGAAUUCAUUGACAGUAAACCAGGGUUGGAAAAAGGCCCCGUUGCCUGGACAAAUGCAACAGCAACUUCAAGCAAGACCAUCUCUAGCAACAGUACAAACUCCUACUCAUCCUCCACCUCCAUAUCCUUUUGGAAGCCAGCAAGCUUCCCAGGCUCACUCAAACUUUCCCCAAAUGAGCAAUCCUGGCCAGUUUACUGCUCCUCAAAUGAAAAGCCUUCAGGGAGGGCCCUCACGGGUUCCUACGCCACUACAACAACCCCACCUGACCAACAAGUCUCCUGCUUCCUCUCCCUCCUCCUUCCAGCAGGGAUCUCCUGCAUCAUCUCCAACAGUUAACCAGACGCAGCAGCAGAUGGGACCAAGGCCUCCCCAAAGUAGCACGCUUCCCCAGGGAUUUCAGCAGCCUGUCAGUUCUCCUAGUCGCAAUCCUAUGGUGCAACAGGGGAAUGUACCCCCCAACUUCAUGGUGAUGCAGCAGCAAAACCAAGGUCCACAAGGUUUACACCCUGGCUUAGGAGGAAUACCCAAGCGCCUCCCCCCAGGGUUCUCUGCAGGCCAGGCUAACCAGAACUUCAUGCAAGGUCAGGUGCCUUCCACAGCUCCAGGAACACCAGUGAACAGCGGAGCACCGCAGCUGCAAACGAGCCAAAACGUGCAGCACGCAGGUGGCCAAGGAUCUGGACCUCCUCAAAAUCAGAUGCAAGCACCACAUGGGCCACCAAAUAUGAUGCAGACCAAUCUAAUGGGACUUCAUGGGAAUAUGAACAACCAGCAGGCUGGUGCUAGUGGGGUGCCACAAGUUAACAUGGGCAACAUACAGGGACAGCCUCAGCAAGGACCACAGUCUCAGCUUAUGGGAAUGCAUCAGCAAAUUGUAUCCUCCCAAGGACAGAUGGUGAACAUUCAGGCUCAGGGAUCGCUGAACCCUCAAAACCAGAUGAUACUUUCUCGAACUCAGCUCAUGCCACAAGGCCAAAUGGUGGUGACACCACAAAACCAAAAUCUCGGUCCUUCUCCACAAAGGAUGACCCCACCAAAACAGAUGAUUCCCCAGCAAGGACAACAGAUGAUGUCUACACACAAUCAGAUGAUGGGACCUCAGGGCCAGGUCUUGCUACAGCAAAACUCAAUGAUGGAACAGAUGAUGACCACUCAGAUGCAAGGAAAUAAACAGCCUUUUAGUACUCAAAACCAGUCCAAUGUUAUGACGGGGCCAGCUCAACUGAUGAGAGGACCAACCCCAAACAUGCAAGGAAACAUGGUGCAGUUCUCUGGGCAGAUGAUGGCACAGCAGGGCUCUGUGAAUGGUAAUCCUUCUCAGGUUAUGGGAAUUCAAGGGCAAGUUUUACGACCCACUGGACCUGGUCCUCACAUAUCUCAGCAACUUGGGGAUACUACUGCUACAACAAAUAAUGAUGUGAACAUGACGCAGAUGUUACCUGAUGUUCCCGUGCAGCAGCCAAACAUGGUGCCUUCUCAUAUGCAAGCCAUGCAAGGAAACAACAAUGCUUCAGGGAGUCAUUUCUCUGGCCACGGGCUGCCUUUCAGUACGGGGUUUAGUGGAACGCCAAAUGGGAAUCAGAUUUCCUGUGGGCAGAAUCCUGUUUUUCCUGUCAAUAAAGAUGUUACACUCACAAGUCCGCUCUUGGUUAACCUUCUACAAAGUGAUAUAUCAGCAGGACACUUCGGUGUGAACAACAAACAAAAUAAUCAGAAUGCCAACAAGCCGAAGAAGAAGAAGCCUCCAAGGAAGAAGAAGAAUAAUCAACAACUAGAACAAACAAC